CACAAACAAUUUUUAUAUUGCGUUGCCUCUCGCAUUCUUAGAAAAUGAAAAAUGAAAAUUUCAGUGUGAUAAUGCCAAGAGGGUAGACGCGAAUUAUAAAACUUUGAAUCAUGUGAAUGAUCACAAAAAAGGAAAAAACGCACACGAACGACCGAUCACAGUCGGACAUUGAUGUUCCUGUCCAGCUCUGAUUUGAGUAUAUGCAUCAACAAUACCUCAGCAAUGUGACAACACAGCUAACCACACAUUGUGUGAAGGGAUUGGUAAGAUUGUAAGAAGUACACAAAUGAAGCGCUACCAAUUCAAUCAGGAACCAUACAGAUUAUUCAAAUUUGAUGACAUCGACAUUCGAAACACAAUUGAAAGCAUUGAGUGAAGGCGAUCCAGUUCGAAAAUCCAAAAUGAAUGAGCUGUUUGUUGCGGUGAAAGAACGUUGUUUACCAUCAUUUGGCGAUUAUCUCACAAUGACUCAAUACAUCGAGAAAAAGUGGUUUGAAUCACUUUAUUUUUUCAUCCAAAUACAACGUGAAAUUAGUGAAUUCAAGGAACAUCGACAGCUGGUGCAUGCAUGGCUGCGACACAAGAAAAAACCAUUGUUGUUCGAAAAACCAACGCAACCACUGCCGCCAAAGAUUGGCAAUAUCACCGUUUUACCGCUAUGUGAUAAUAAACUCAAACACAUCAAAUUCGAUCAAACGGAUUUGUUAGCACUAUUGGCUCGAUGGAAACUGAUUCCAGAAGAAUUCGGUGGCAAAGAUGGAGGAAGUUCUAUAUAUAGCAAUAAUUAUUUUGAAGGAAACCCAUACGACGCUUGGAAUAUUUUAUUCGACAUGAAGAAAAUAAAUGAACUCAAAAGACCAAACCAGCAAUUUCACCGUAUGAUUGUGUGCGAUAGCGUUUCGGCUUCGGUACUAUUCAAAACACCAAAACGUGAGAAGACCGAAUUCAAUCGCGAACGAAUCAAACAAAAACUUGAAGACGGUGAUUACACGUAUAUCAUCCCGGCGUGAACACAUACUAUGCUGGAUUUCGUCGGAACAUUGAAACUUGUGUCGAAGUGAAUUGAUUAAAUAAUUUAUUUUAUAUUAAAGUUUCAUAUUUUUCCAGAUUAAAUGUAUUGAUUGUUUUUAUUUUGGUUUCAUUAAAGGAAAACAUCAAAAUAUCACCGAAGCAACAUCCCGACACAGUUUUGCUCUUUUCUUAAGAACAGUACAAUGGUAUUACGGAUGGAAGGAGCCCGUGUCUGAAACUACACACAAAUCCGGGCCGAAAUUCGACCAUGAAUUUGUGCCUGGUAUUACAAAUUUUUCCUUGGGAACUUUUUUUAUCUAGAGAUAGCUUGCUCAGACAAGUUCUAUAUAAGCACUAGCAUGUGCAAUACUAGUUUCUUCCGAUACUUCUAUAUUUUUUAUACAUAUGGGACAUUAUACAUAUCUCUUGAAAAAGGGUCUCUUAGCAAUUGUAUGACACUUUAGUAAGAAAGUAGUUCCAACUAUUUACCAAUAGAUGGCGACACAUAAAAUAGCAACUUCGAAACAAAUACGCAUUUCCUAUACUUAUCGUAAAAAAUGUAAUAAAAAAUCGCGUGCCGAGAAAAAUAGUAACAAUAAUUAUUAUACACUGGGUAUAAUACACAAAUAUUAAUUUUUUCUCAGCACGCGAUUUUUUAUUACAUUUUUUACGAUAAGUACAGUAGAUUGCCAAAU